AAGACAGUAUCCGUAUUUAAAGGCGCCAACAGCGCUCGAUUCAGAAUCAGCCGUGCGCAAGUCUGCCAUUUUCUCCUGGACUAUUCCUAAUAAUUGAAGUUGUUGGUAACGCGCACGCUAAAGAUGCCGGAGGAAACCGCUGCAGCUGCUUCUUCGACCACUGAGGCUGUGGAAGAGAAGCCUUGCUCAUCCAGUGCUGCAGAGAGCUCUGUAGAUGUGGCUGAAGAGGCAAAGAAGUUGAUUGGCACUGGAAACAGGCACCUGGUUAUGGGAGAUGUUGUGUCUGCAGUCAGCGUGUUUCAGGAGGCCUGUGCCAUGCUAGCUGAGAAAUACGGCGACACCGCUGACGAAUGUGGAGAGGCGUUCUUCUUGUGUGGGAAGUCCUUGCUGGAGCUUGCCAGGAUGGAGAACUCCGUCUUGGGUAAUGCUUUGGAGGGAGUCCCGGAGGAGUCCUCCGAGAAGGGCGAGAAGCAGAAUGACUCGAAGAUUGAGAGUGCAGAUAAUUUGGAUGAGAAAACCAGAGAUGAGCUCCGUGAACAGGUUUAUGAAGCUAUGUCUGAGGAGAAGAGGAGUUCUCAGGAAGGGGGGGAGCCAAAAGUGGAUAAAGAGGAACAAGAAGUCAAGGAAGAACAGAAGGAAGAACAGAAGGAAGAACAGAAGGAAGAACAGAAGGAAGAACAGAAGGAAGAACAGAAGGAAGAACAGAAGGAAGAACAGAAGGAAGAAGCUGGUGAAGAAGGAAAGAAGCCUGAUGCACGUGUUGAAAAUGGAAAUAAACCCAUAGAAAAUCUCCUCAAAAGUGAGGAGCAGACUGCUGAAAAUGUUAAGGAGGAGAUGGAGAAAGAUGUCUCCUCAAAAGAGGAUGAUGCUGUAGUUACAAAAGAGGCAAAGGAGGAUGCUGAGCAAGCUGUUAAGAGCACAGAAGAACAGAGUGGGAAUGAACAGGCAGAGCCUAUGGAGGAAGAUGCUGGAGAUGCUGAGGAUGAUGAUGGUGAUGACGAUGAUGACGAGGAAGCGGAUGCCAAUGCAGAAGAUAAGGAGGGUGAGGAGGAGGAAGUUGGAAAUCUCCAGUUAGCAUGGGAGAUGUUGGAGGUGGCUAAAGUGAUUUACAAAAGAAAGGAAAGCAAAGAGGACCAGCUAAUGGCGGCACAGAUCUUCUUGAAACUUGGCGAAGUUGGUGCGGAAUCAGGUAACUACAGCCAGGCUCUUGAGGACUUCCAGGAGUGCUUAGCCAUACAGCUGAAGCAUCUUCCUCCUCACAGUCGUCUGCUGGCAGAGACUCAUUACCAGCUGGGCACAACCUUUAGCUACACAGGCCAGUACAGCCAGGCCAUCCAGCACUUCAGCAGUUCCAUCAAAGUCAUCGAGAGCCGCCUGGCCAUGCUUCAGGAAGUAAUCGACAAAACAGAAGGUGCUGAAGGAGCAGCAGAGGAAAAGCGGGAGCUAGAGGAGCUGAAGCAGCUGCUGCCAGAAAUUGCUGAGAAGGUGGAAGAUGCAAAGGAAAGCCAGCGGACAGCUCCUGCAGCUUCGGAAGCGAUUCACCAGACCUUGGGAGGAGCAUCUACGUCCUCAGGAUUUGCAACUGAAAAUGGUGGCUCGUCUUCAUCUACAGCCACCCCGAUUGCAGUUAAGCCUGCUGAUGGUGCAUCCUCUUCAAAAUCAGCAUCGGACAUCUCUCAUCUAGUCCGUAAAAAGAGGAAACCAGAAGACGAGAGCCCAAAAAAGGACAGUGAUGCUAAAAAGGUCAAACAGGAGACCACAGUUAAUGGCAGCGCCGACUCUGCCAGCAACAGCAAUGGAGUCCAGGAGAAAAUGGAGCAGGAGGCUGUGAAUUCAUCUACCUCGGCAGAAGCCACGGCAUGAUGGAGCAUUCUGAACUGCCCACUGAUCUUCCAACCAGCAAAGCAUGCCUGCCUCAAGUCUCUUCAUGAACAGUUUUGUUUUGUAAAUAGGACAUCUACCUUUUUCUGUGUCUGUCCAAAUUUUGUAUUGUAAAGUUUGAAUAAAUAUUUGCAUACAUCAGUCA